AUGACGCGUAUUCUUGAGCUUGUAAAAGUUCGAAAUCUUAGUAGACGUGGUCAACACAUGAAAACAGGAAAUGUUACCAUUAACUUUUAUUCUACCCAAAAUAUUCCGCACGGUAAGAUCCAAGUGUCAGAGAUGUCAAGAAAAACGUGUAUCCAGCGCCUGAGAAAAACAGUCGAAGAGGAAUGCAACUUCGUUUCACGUAUCCGUGAGGUAAUGAAAAUUUUGGCAUUUUAGUGGUGUCCGAUAUUGAAAAGAAAAAUAACAUUAAAAAAUCGACAUCCAAAAAAGGGUCGGAGUAAAUAUGGAAGAUGUGUCUUGGGCCUGAAGUAAUUUUAAUGGAAUAUCAAAAGCAGCUAAUCAUAGCAUAUAGUUCCCAUGUUUGGUUAUGACAGCAAGUGUAAAAAAACUUAACAUAUCGUGGGACAAUUGCAUUUUCCUUCAUAUUGUGCCUUGAAGACUAGUAAGUACGCCACUGUAUGUUGGCCGCGUUAAAAUUCCUUGUGGGCUCCUGCCGCACGUUUUUCUUUGAAUUUUGUAUUAAACUCUAUUACAGUUCAAAAAUGUUGAAUUUCAAAUACACUUCUAACACAAAUGACUUACAUCAUUUGAAAGCUUGCAAAAGAUACAUAGAAGACAAUUAAACGGAUACCAGGGUUUUUCAAGUUCUUCUUGAGUUAUGAGCUGUUGAAAGCGUGUUUUCAGACAAGUACCCAGGAUUUUUGCGAGAUUUUGGCUUAUUUUUCACAUUUGAAACAGCAAUAAUUCGAAAACCGCUUGAAAAUCCCAACUAACCAUUUAAAUGUCUUUUAUGUAGUUCUUUGUUAGCUUUCUAUUUAUGCAAGUCAUUUGUAUAGAAAUAUAUUAGAAAUUUCACAUUUUUUAAGUGUAAUAGAUGUUAAUACAAAAUUCGAAGAAAAAGUGUCGGUAGGAGCCCACAAAAAAAUUUAAUGCCGCCAACAUGCAGAAACGUAUUUACUAGAAGACAAAAUAAAAUUGUCCCAUGGUAAGUUUUCCAUAAUUUUCAUCCUCUAUCUGCCUGACUAUACGUGUUAUCGACAUGUUACCAAGAUAUCUUGUCCAAUGCGACCAAGAUUCCGUUUAUUAUUGUUCAUGCUCGUACGUUAAAUUUAAAUUUUAGUUCUGAGCAAUGUGUUCUUCUUUGAAUCGCAUAUAAAUGCAGACAGUAAAAUCCUAAAUCCUAAUUAUGUACAUAAUGACACAUAUAUUAGAACAGGUCUCGAACCUACAUACAGCAGGAUCUAGAUUAAUCUUUAGAUAGAAUAGAAUAGAAUAAAAUAGAAUCGAAUGGAAUAGAAUAGAAUAAAAUAGAAUGGAAUAGAAUGAAGUUGAAUGGAACAGAAUAGGACAGAAAAACUUUAUUUCACGAUGGUACAAAACUUAAGGUGGCUCCCUACGGUUUUCCAAAUUUUUAGGUAUUCUGAGCAACCUCCCCUUGCAACCGAAUAUUUAUUUAUAGAUUGAAUACACUUAAGGUGACUCCCUACAGUUUACUAGAAAAUGGGAGAUCUCUGAUUUAGACUCAAUUUUCAACAAUUCCUAUAUGUUAAAAGACAACGAAAGUCCAAAUAGAUUAAUUUAAUAAAAACUACAGAGUUGGAUUUUUUCGAAAAAUGGAAUCGUAACUGCGGUUGCUAUGACAACAAUGACACUUCAAUUUGGGCAAUAUUUUGGGUUUUAAGUUAUUUAGCCUAAAAAUAAGGUCGGUUACAUCACAAAAAAUCACAAAAAAUCACGAUCUUCGCAUGCCUAUGAUAUAUAAUGUUUUUUUAGUAAUUUUAUUUUCUUACUUUUUUAGCUUACAUACAAAAUCGAGUAUUUCCGCCUAGUUUCAAUUAACUUGGUAAUAAAAUUAAGAUUAAUAAAAUACUCCUAAAUAGGAACAUUUUAUUAAUUUUUUUGUUUCUUUCAAUUUGUUUUUGUUGUUAAUUUAAAUCGGUGUGAAAUCUUUUCAAAACAUCCAACUACAACUUCGACUUUUCAUAUAAAACAACUCGUGACUGUUUCGCUUGAUUUAGCUGACAGAACAAUACAUGGUAAUUGAGUUGAAUGACAGGACUUUAAAAAGUUUUGCCCACAGUUCAACUGUUCAAGAGUUUACUGAAGACAUUAAUAAUGUCUUCAGUAAACUCUUGAACAGUUGAACUGUGGUAUCAUUUCAGACGUCCACGACUGAACAGGCUCAACAUUAUAUGAAAGACAAUGGUUAACGUAUAAACACGAAAAAGGUUAAAACCAGUCAAUAACAUACGUACUGUUUGAAUUCUGAAAAACAGCUGAAGCUUUCUCUGCAGAUGAAACGAAAAAAGACUUUCCGCGGCUUGUUUUAAUUUUUUUACCGAACCGCGAAGAUUCCACGCGCCAGCAUGUCGCGAGUAUGAAGUCUGAUCUAUACAAAUCGUAUUUAAAAACUGUGCUAACCGCAGGGAGCCACCUUAACAAUUAAAAUUUAUUGAUAAAUUUGUGGCUCUAUUAUUGCAACUAACUAUAAUACUUAAAGGAUCGGUAUCACAGCAUGGUAUUGCGCGCCUUUGUUAUUGUUUUUGUCUAUUGUUAGUAAUGCGGCAACUCAUCCGCCUUGUCUAAGUGUUUUUUCAGAACCAAUUAAAACCUUCAUCGUGUUAUUGACAGAUGUUUCAAUCUCCAUUAUUUUUGUUGGUGACAUAAGUUUUGGUCGUUGUGUGAGGAAAUAUGUUGAUCAUGGAUACAACAACUACAAUGACACUAUGGUAAAAGUUGCUGGCAUUAUCAGAGACGCAGAUAUUGCUGUUGGGAACCUCGAGUCGCCGUUUGUAACAAAAGCCAUGCAAAAAGACAGGUUCAGCGGCCGAAAACGAUAUUUUUUACACGCUGACCAUCGCAGUGCGACUGCGCUACAGUAAGUUCUUUUUUAUUACAACAUUGGAGUUAAAACUCAAUGAAGCUUGCUUUCCAAGAGGAAGCUAAAAAUUGAGAACCUGAAUAUCAGAUUGGUGUGUCGCUUUAGAUCUUGAAGAACAAGACUCAUGCGAAAUCAUUCGCGCUGGCAAAAUGUACACUCUUUUAAAGCUACAAUUUUUGGCAUUGUGCUUCAGUAUACAUCUUAGUGUAAAAAAUAGUAGGGUGUCAAUUAUAUAAUUGCGUACAAUUGGAAAUCAGUCUUCAUUUUGUAUGUUUCCUGGCUUUUCCAGUGAAAUCUAUAAACACUGCAACGAUAAUAUUAACCCCAGGUAAACUCUCCUAUUAUUGUGCGAAACCAAGACGGCGGCCUAUAGAGUGCUCUCCUGAAUAGGUACAAAACACGCGUAUUUUUCGCGAGGGCUUUCAGAUCCACGUCAGUUUCAAUUGUUGCACAUAAAUGCUCAUCUAAAGUUAGAGUUAAUUACCGAGAAGGAGGUUUCUUAGUGAGAUACAAUCCGAGGGGCGUGAUCCGAAGAAAGCGUCCUGAAGGCUGUAAGAUCCGAGGGAUGUUUUCUGACGGUCACACUCCCGAGGAAUGUAUCUUGCUAAGAAAUUGAUGUUUGAGGUAAUUAACUCACCUAGUUCAAAUUGGUACGGAUUGACACGCAAUGGAAUUUGCAUGAAUUCUCAUGUUGAACCAUGUGAAGUGCAUUAAUCUACUUUUAUUCACUUGCUCAUCAAGAACAAUUAAGAUAAAAUAUAUUUGCAUUUAAUUAAGACUAUAGAGUUUGUUACCAUGGGGUCAAUAUGAAAAGGAGAGUCAAACCACUUUAUGAAAGCAUGGUAUUAUUAUAUAUCAUGCGUCUAGCCGUGAAUGCGUUGAAACAAUGAACGACCUAUAUAGCGAUGAAGAUAGGUUUAUAACGCAAAAUACUUUCAGGUAUCCGGAAUCAGAUGACAAUGUAGAGUUAUAGCUCGAUAUUCUGAUUGGGGAAGGAGAGUUGGCGCAGCAAAAUGACGUACCAUCGGGAUUUGCAUUAAUCCUCCAAAAUAAAACCUGUUCUGCCGCCACUGUUCUUAGAUAUCCUUGUAUCAAUCGUUGGCAAUAAACUAGUUACUUCUGUGCUCUACAGGCCUUGCGACUCUCGUAGCAUCUUCUAUUUACCUCUAGAUCCUCCCAAUCCAGCCACAUCAAAGGGUCGAUUUCCUUUUCUCACUUCCUACGCCUACGCGGCAUUUGCAGUGAAGAGGCGAGGUCGACUUCCAAGCCAAUAUCCCUCAAUGCCUUCAGCUCUUGGACAACAUGAUUUCAAAUAGGUAUAAAUAAAGAGAGCCAGGAACUGAAUCUCUUUUUUGUCUAACGUGGCUAUCGCACCUCUCUAUUAAACACUGCCUUUUAAAGGCCUCCCAAAUUCCCCGAUCUGAGACCCUUACAGACCCUGUGUCCAAUGUCACAGGUAACAACAAAAUCCUCCAAGCAUUAACUUAUCAUUCAUUCAUUCAAUUUCAAAGUUAGAGAUGUCAUGAGGAAAUGUCAUGAGGAAAAAUUUUCACGCUGUGAAAAACGCAGCAACCCCGCAACAUCUUUUUUCCAAUAACUCCUUAGUCCCUUUUAGACACAGUAAAAAUAUUCUUUGAAACAUAAGCAUAGCUCCCUUUCACAGGAUUCGACGUCACAGAAUUGCACGUUUCGUUGCUGGGUUCCCAAAUGCACGACUUGUGAUUUUAUAGAUUCAGCCACGCCUAUUACGGCACCAAAAUCACAAUAACCAUGUCAAACACCAUUUCACGUGCGCAUCCUCCCAUCUCAUCUGCUGCAUCUCAUGGAGUCGAUGUGGUAUGCCUUAUACUGGAGAGAACAGAAGGCCUUUGAGGACAUGGUUGGUGAACAUCGGCGUGCAGUCAGUGGCAGUCAUGGUAACCAGCCUGUGGACAAACAUUUUAAUACUGCCAAUCACAGUACUUCAGAUAUUCAAAUAUUAAUUCCAGCCGUCUGCCGCAUUUCUGUCUAACGCAGACAUUGACAUUACUUUUAAUUCUUCCCCUAUUCCGUACUUGUUUCACAUAUUUUAUUGUGUUUGUGGUAGUUUUCGGUACAGCAUAUUCGUAUAAAUAUAUUAUGUUACUUUGUUUUUACUAAAUUCAUCUUAUUGGCUUAUUUAUUCCACGUGAUAGCUUUUAUAUUCUUAGUAUAAAAGCUCAUGUAAUUUUCCGACCUCGACUAGUAACCUAGGACAAAGACUCUUCGCUCGAAAAGUCGAAAUUCUCCUUAUAUUUUUCAGGUAGUUGCAUCCCUACCAACUGAAGCUCAUACCCAAACUAAACUCUAUUGAGAAUAAUAGAAAUUUGCACAAAUUUGAACUCAUGGUAAAUAACUGUCGUCUAUAUCAUUCUGUGUUCAUUUCAACUCCCUCAUAUACUGUAGUCCAGAGAAACAGAAUUUGGCAGGUGAAUGCCAUUUAGUGGCCUAGAUCAUACCUACAGAUAGGAUUCAAUUUCCACCAUAUUGGCUUCAAAAACACAACCCGAGUUAACGCUCCAGUUUUUGUAGAGUUCAAUGGGCUUUCCUCGUUUCGCAAUGUAGUUCUCCAAUUCCGCACUUUGACUCACGAUGGUGGAAAACAUAUAUUUUCAGGUUUGCAGGAUUUGAUAUCAUGAGCAUUGCAAACAACCACUUGAAUGAUUAUGGUGAAAAACCAGUCAAUUUUACCAGAAAUAUUCUAAGCAAUGUUGGAAUAGAGACGAUCGGAUUCAAUUUCGGUUCAUAUGACUCACCGCAGGUAUGUUAAUCGACUAGUUAUGUUGCACGCUUUAAAACGAUUGUCAAUAAUUGUCAUUAUUUUUUAUCAGUAAGAAUGAAGCAAUCUGAUUGGCUGAAGAGGUUUUUUGCAUCCGGCCCGCUCUAAAACGCAACUGCCCACUGUGAAAUGCAACUGCCCGCUCUGGUUUUCGCGGCAAAAAAUGAGGAGUGAAACAAUUUUUGGACGAAAAAAUCUGCCGAAAACGUUUGAAAAACGUAGCCUAACGAUAGUCAGAUACGAAAAUGAUUUGCAUCAUGCCCUAAAGACUUCAUACUAAGCACGAUGUACACCAGAAUUGAUAACUGUUUUAGAGAAAUGCGACUGAAAGUCGGAAAGUUAUUCGGACAUGUAUAAAACUUACACCGAGAAAACUAUAUAUAUUUUUUAAAUGCUCAUGUAUUCGGCCACUUAAAAGCGAAAAAAUUACAACUUAAUUGAACAGAUAUUGUGAAAGAAAUGUUUUCCCACUUAAAAAAGGUUUAACUGCAGCAGUGAAAAGAAUCUCGAUCAUUUGUGUUAGGCAUUUUUCACUGAUAUAAAAUAUUGUAAACAAACUAAAAGUCUGUGUGUUCAAGCAUAUUAUCGUGAAACGACUAGAAAAAAUACAAAAAUACAAAAUGGCAUACCUUAUUCAUUGUCCUUUUAGCAGAAAAACGUUGAUUAAAUCAAAGCAGCCGGUAAAUAAUAUAUAUAUAUAUAUAUAUAUAUAUAUAUAUAUAUAUAUAUAUAUAUAUAUAUAUAUAUAUAUAUAUAUAUAUCGCAAAAGCAUAGUAUACAAACCGCACGUUGGGGGGCAGCGGGUUAAUAUCGAAUGCACACUUUAUAAAUUCCUUAACUACAGGCAUCAUAUAGAUAUUCCUCUAGAGAAUCAACGUUUUAAGGACGCACUUUGAGAGGAAGAGAGAGGCAAGAAGAGACUAUAUAGUAUACAAGAAAAAACAUACUCCGAAGAAUAACUUCUUGUAAACUCAAGAUAUGCAUGAGCUAUAACACGAGACAACAAUUUUGCGAUGAAAUUGACCGCAAAUUGACCGCAACAAUUUGACCGCAAAAUUGAUGUCUUGUGUUAUAGCUCAUAUCUUGAGUUUACAAGAUGUUAUUCUUCGUAGUAUGUUUUUUCUUGUAUUUUAUUAAAUUGUCUGCUGGUAAUGUUUUUUGUUUUUUUUCUAUACAGUAUAUUGUCACAUUUUCGAACAGUAAACUUUUACACUCACAGUAUUUUGCGAUAUAAAAUUUAAGGUGCUCCCUACAGUUUUAUUGUUAUAGAGCACAACUUUAAUUAAUUCGUUAUUUUGCAAAAAUAUGAUAAGGAAAGCACCUAUGCAAAACAUUGCUUCAAUACUGCAUGAGGAUCACAAACUUUCAUUCAUGAUAACAAGGUAAUUAUCAAGGGGCAGUCAAGCGGGACAGACGUGUCUAGAAUCGCUCCUCAGCUAACUGUAUAUUUCAUGUUAAAUAUGAGCGAUAAUCCAACAGUGUCGAUGAUUAAUAAAAUGAAAGUGCCAGAGCUUCAAGCUGAACUAACAAAAAGGCACCUUGAUACGAAAGGUAUAAAACAAGUCUUGGUCAAUCGACUUCUGUCGAGUUUGGAAAUUGUAGAGCCUGAAGUGGCGCACGACAGCAACGACGAUGAACAACAAAAUAAAGCCGAAGGAAAUAUGGAAUUGGCCCAAGACGAAGAACAAGACGACUGUAAGGACGAUGAACAGGAUCAUAGCAAAGACGAAAACCAAUCUUCGCUGCAUGAACUAUACCCAAAUUAUAAACACCCCUAUUCCUACGAGAAUGCCAUUCAAGACAUUAGACUGCAACUAAAUACUUUACAAUGCAAAUUCGAAGACUACAAAAUUGAAAUGUCUAAUGAUGCAUCAGGAACAGGUAGUCUUCGCGAUGAAAACAAGCAUUUGAGAUGUGAAAAUACAGAUCUAACUGAGAGAAUGAAUAAUCUUAAAUUCAUCCUGGCCGACCUCAAUACAAAAUUAAAGAUCGCCGAAGACGAAAAGGCUAGCCUUUUAACUGCUAUCCGAUUAAUACAGUCCGAUGGCGAUGUCAAGUUAAGCAACAACAAUAACAUAUCAUUACAACAAAGCACCUACCACAGAAUACCUACAAAGAAGUCGCUUCAAGACCAAAGAGUAGAAAUAUUAAUGGAAAUUCAUCAUCGAAACAAGAUAAUCUUAAAACUACCGCCGCAGGCCCUAAUCUGGUAAACGUUCUGGGUUCAAACCGUUAUUCUCCGUUAGAAGUUGAGACGGCAGACGAGUCAGAGCAAGAAAUCAUAAGUGCCGACGAGGCAAGACCAACAAGCCAUGGCCGAAAGCACGACUCAAAGACACAAAAGUCUAAGAAAACAACUAGCGAUCCCCUCAACAAAGUCGACUGCAAUUCCAGCAAUGUAUCAACAAUCCACGACCUUGAUUCCGUUACAAUCCUUGGAGAUUCAAUGUUAAAGCGGCUGGACGUAAAUAGA